AUGGCGCACGACGGCGUCCCCCCCAAAGAGGACGAGUGGGAAGACGAGGAGUCUGGUGACGAGUCGCUCGAUGGAUACGGCAGCACAACCAGUGUGCAGUCGACGCAGUCCCAUGCAAGCCGACGAGAGGCGCGGCCGCGGAAGAAGGACAAGGCCGAAAAAAGGCGCUCGGCGCCCUCCGAGUCGCCCGAGGCGCGGCGGAGCGAGAUGCGCAUUGACACGGCCGUGGAGGCGCUGAUGCACGAGCGCGAAGAUAUGUCGACGCCGCUCGCGUCUCAGCGGCCGUUGAUGGAUGUGAGCGCGACGCCGCCCUCAAAGCGCCACGAGCCCGAGCGCCUCCCCUCGCCGAGCCCGGUCGAGCGUCUGGGCAAGGCGAUGUACGCGGUGAUGGUCGUCCUUGGCGUCAAGCCUCCGCCUGACUUUGACGAGGCGCAGCUGCAUCCUCCGCCGAAGCAGCGUCCCCCGAGGCACCGUACGGCCGUUGUGGCGAGUCUCUGGGACCACCUCUGCGACGAGGUGCUGGUGAGCAGCAGCGACUCGGUGCAGGAGAUGAAGUGGGAGCGCGUCGCUAAUUUUAUGGCGAUCCCUGUCUGGAUCGAAAAAACGAUCAUGUUUGGCUUCCUGGUCUGCCUCAACUCGUUGCUGUACACCUUUACCAUCCUCCCGAUGCGCUUUGCGACGGCGUGGUGCACGUGGGCGUACAACUCGUUCCUGUGGCUUGUCAGCGGCGAGAAACGCUAUCUGAACGUGUCGCACAAGUGCGAUAUGCUCAAAGGCCUGCUGGUCAUCCAUACCUGCUACGUCCUGUCGCGCGUCGCCGACGCGUCCAAGAUGUACCACAGUGUGCGUGGACAGGACGUGGUGAAGCUCUCGGUGAUAUUUUCCGUGCUCGAGAUCGCCGACCGGCUCUGCGGGAGCUUUGGGCAGGAUAUUCUCGACUCGCUCUUUUGCCGGCGCACACUCGCACGGCGCCCGAACGGCACGCAGCCGUACCGGCGCAUGGUCGGCUACUACGUGCUAGCGCUCGCCUACAUUGUGUUUCACACGUUUGUGCUGCUCUAUCAGCUUGUGACGCUGAAUGUGGCGAUCAACAGCUACGACAAUGCGCUGCUUACGCUUCUCCUCUCCAACCAGUUUGUCGAGAUCAAGACGACCGUCUUUAAGCGGUUCGAAAAGGAGAAUCUGUUUCAGCUGACGUGCGCCGACAUUGUCGAGCGCUUCCAGCUGACGAUGGUGCUCACGGCGAUCGGCGCCCGCAACCUCAUCGAAGUCGCGGGGUCGCAGACCAUGUCGGGCACCGGCUCGCUCGGCCCGCUGCCGACGAGCUUCGAAGUAUACCCCUACGUGAACGUCUUUGCACGCACGCUGAAUCCCGUCUUGACCGUGCUCCUGAGCGAGAUGCUCGUCGACUGGCUCAAGCACGCGUUCAUCACCAAGCUCAACCACAUCCGGCCCGCGAUUUACGGGCGAUACAUUGACGUGCUGUGUCGUGACCUGCUCCCGAAUCGGUCUGCCGCGACGCUCGACGGCGACUACCAGCGGCAGUCGUCGUUCGUCGACCAGAGCCCGGUCGUGACACGCCGCCUGGGCUUUGCCGUAUUGCCUCUGACCUGCGUGCUGAUCCGCCUUGCUUUUCAGAUCGCCGAGAUGAUUGCGCAAUCGCGUGCGUCGAGCGAGUGCGUCUUUCAUUCGCCGCCGUCGUGGGAGCAGGCGGCGUGGGCCACCGUGCACGGCGAUCCCUCGGCCUUGCUCCGGGGCGCCGAGCGGGUCCUUGCGCACUCGGCAUGGGUGCUCGUCGCGGUGAUCGUGUGGGUGCUUGUCGUGGUGCUCAAGAUCCUCCUUGGGGUGAACCUGGCGCACUUUGCCACGCGCCGGUACGCCUCCCGCGGCGAGCGCGAGGCCGAAGAGACGCGCAAUGCACGCGGCCGCAAGCCGAUCGGCGAGGUACCCAUCGAAGCCGAGCUCCAGUCGCAGAUCAAGACGAUGGUCGACAAGCAGCAAGACAAUGCGAGUUCCACGUGA